AAGACGACCGCGGGGUUGAGAAAUCACAGUGUCCAUAGUCGGGGUCGGGGUCACGCGACGCACGCAUGCUCCCCUUCCCGAGCCCUACAAAGUUAGGAGUCCAAUCCAAGAACCAGGAAGAGAGAGGGAAUGGAGCCCCGGUUGGUAGCGGCUCUCGUCUCCUCCCUCGUCACCCAAGCCCUCCUCCUCCUCCUCCUCCUCUCGCUUCCCUUCUCCUCCUCCAUCCCUCCUCCUCCUCCUUCUUCUUCUUCUCCUCUUCUUCCCAAUCUCCUCCUUCCUUUCUCCUCCUCUCCUCCUCCUCCUCCUCCUCCUCCUCUCCUCGCCUUCCUCUUCCCCCACCUCGCCGCCUCCUCCUCUUUCUUCCUCCGGGGGGACAAGAAGCGAAAGCGUGAGCGGGAGCAAGCGGAUAUCGAAGGAGAGGACAAGCGAGGAGGCGAAGAAGAAGAAGAAGAAGCUGCGUCGUGCAGCAGCAGCAGCAGGAGCAGCUCCAUCGUGGCCAGCCCGGACCACUUCCGGCUCUCCUUCCGGAUGUCCGCCGCCACCUUCGAAUGGCUCUCCGGCCUCCUGGACCCGCUCCUCGACUGCCGCGACCCCGCCGGCUCGCCGCUCCGCCUCCCGGGCCCUGCCCGCCUCGCCCUCGCCCUCGCCCGCAUCGCCUCCGGCGCCCCCUACCGGGAACUCGCCGCCCGCUUCGCCGUCCCCGAGCCCGCCGCCCGCUUCUGCGCCCGCCACCUCUGCCGCGUCCUCUGCACCAACUUCCGCUUCUGGCUUGCCUUCCCCGCCCCGCCCGACCUCCGCCCCGUCGCCGCCGCCUUCCGCUCCCUCGGCCUCCCCGACUGCUGCGGCGCCCUCGCCUGCGCCCGCUUCGACGGCUCCAUCGCCGCCCAGAUCGUCGCCGACGCCUCCUCCAGAAUCCUCAGCAUCGCCGCCGGCUUCCGGGGGGACCGUAGCGAUUCCAGCAUUCUCCGGUGCUCGUCGCUGUACAAGGAUGCGGAGAGGGGGCGCCUUCUGGGCCCCGAUCAGUACCUGGUCGGGGAUGGGGAGUACCCUCUGCUCCCCUGGCUGAUGGUCCCCUUCGCCGACCCCGUCCGCGGCUCCUGCGAGGAGGAUUUCAACGCCGUGCACGGGUCCAUGUGCCGCCCGGCCCUCAGGGCGGUCGCCAGCCUCAGGAAUUGGGGCGUGCUCAGCCGCCUGGGGGAGGAGGAGGAUGCCAAGGCGGCCGCCGCAUGCAUCGGCACCUGCGCGAUACUCCACAACGUGCUGCUGAUGAGGGAGGACUACUCCGCCCUCGUGGAUGUGGCCAGGGAGUGCCCGGCGAGGCCGGAGCAAGGUGUUGGUGGGGAGGACGCUGGAUUCGAGGACAUUACGGCUGAGAGGAAGGCCUUCGUGGUGCGGAGCGCGUUGGCGAUGAGGGCAAGGGCGAUUCGCGAUGCCAGCCGCCAUUUGGUGUGCCCGUGACUGUUGGCGGUGCGGCAGCGCAAGAUGGGAUGCACCGUGGGAAAUUGGACUGAUCCAUUUGAUCGAUUUGGUCUAUAUAUUGAGGUUUUCUGAACAUGUGGGGAUGGAUAUUGAUGGUCGGCAGACCCAACCAAUCUAACCCAAAACUUGUGCAAAUUUAAGAAGAACCCCCAGCCAAUAUUUAUCUAAACUCUUUGAAGCAUACCUGAAAGAACCCCCAGUCUCUGCAAGCCGCAUCAAGCUGGUUCAGCUCAUCCUUGUUGCCACUUGAAAGCAAUGAGAGAUCGAUGACAGGUAUUGCAGAGGAGAGAUGAGAUAGAAUUCUAUCUGUUUCUGUGCAUUCCUUGUUCCUCACAUAUUUUUCAGGAAUGGAUGUAGGAUCCCUCCUUACAAUCUCUUGAACGCUCUCAACAGGCAGAGAGAUUCCCCAGCUGGGCUUUUCUUCGUCCCCUGUGCUAACAUUCUCAACCUCAUCUCCCAUCUUCUGUCUCAAAGAGGUAAUUGAAUCACCUGUCAUUUCUUAAGCACAUAUGCCUACAUAUAUAUAUAGACGUGCGGUUAGAUUAUGAUGGAGAAAUUAGCCGGCCAUUAACUACGUAGAAUCUCCUUCAUGUAGCCUGCAGAUGAUUCCUUGCUCAUUCAGGUUGGAUUUUCUUGAUGGAAGUUCAUGGGGAUUUUGUCUGGUUUGUCUUUGGUUAUGCUGAAAAUUAUGCAUGGAAACCUACAAAUGGGACUUCAGAUUCUGUUCCAUUCACAUCUGGCCAACUCAUGUAUUUAACUUUGAAAGCACCUCCACAAUUAUCUGGAGAUCCUUCUUGGGAUGCUAAUUCACACACAAGAGAAUGCCCACAAAUAAUUCAUUGUGAAAGUAGUUUCUAGGAACUUUUUUUUUCUGGAGGGAAAAGUUUCUAAGGUUUCCCUGAAAAAUAAUUUCUAUUAUAGUUUUGGGUUUUAAUUUUUGGUUGUACAUUUUGGUGUUUGGUUGAUAUAUGACAGCCAACUCACGUGAUAUUUCAGGGUAUAUUUUAUGUGAUUUGGGUUCCAUGGGUUAAAGAUGUCUUGUAUAGGAACUUGUAGCACUGGUAAUUAUUUUCACCGUCGAAGGAAUAACACAUUUGUCACAUUACAACAAGCAUAUGAAUCACAUUUGCAACCAUAGAGCGCUAUCACAGUAUGUGUGUUCUUCAAUGCCUACCUGUACUUUUUAACUUGGUUUUUGUUAUGUAUGUAUGAAAAUGCUUUACCUUAUGACUUGCUGCUAAAUUGACUAGUGGAUUCGGGUGGACCAAGAGUGUCCUUCGCUAUGCUGGCUGAUAUCAAGAGGCAAUCUUGUUCUCUCUGGCGAGCCUUGACUUCUCUUAAAGAUGAUAUGAUCUCAGAAUUCUUUUUGCUUUUCACUUUUCUAAAUUUUUCUUGUGAUGUACAGGCAUUCUGUAUAGAAAAGUGGUCUACAGGGGCUGCUAACUCUUCAUUUUUAUGAAACAAUUGAUAAAACUCAGAUCUGGGACUGUCUGGUUGCAGGUAUUAUUUAAACAGAAAAGAAUCUGCUUAGUAUUUACUUGCUUAACCAUGAUCAUUGGUCUGCAUGGAGGGAGGAUUGAUGCAUGUGAUAGUUAUUGUAACAUCACAGUCAUGAAUCGUGUGUUGAAGUGUCUCUGCAAAAUCCAUAACUCAUGUUUGUUUCAUGUUGGACAUCCAGAUGUUCCAUUAAUAAAUCAUUACUGGAUUUGGUGGAACAAAAAAGUUAGCAGAACUAGGUUGUUUGGUCCAGUUUUUAGUGGAAAUAAUUGAUUUUAUUUUGCUUGAAAUCCUAGCUUGUAUAUAUGUCUCUUAUUUGUAUUUGUUAAGUGGAUAGCAUUUUUUUCUUCCUCGAUGUUUUUUUUUUAAUAAUAAACUAGCAUGUAACCGGCACGAUGUA